AUGUCACGAAGAGGAAAGUGCUCAACCAUCCAUAGUGACAACGGUACUAACUUUGUAGAAGUGCAGAAAGAGUUGGUAUCAUAUCUAACCAGCUGCGAGUCAAGCAUGGCUAGUGAAGGGAUAAAGUGGAGAUUCAACCCUCCCUCAGUGCCCUACUUUGGCGGCUUGUGGGAGAGUGAGUUGAAAUCGACUGAGCAUCACUUAACACGAGUGCUAAAAGAUGGCAGGCUUACUUUGGAGGAGCUAAAUACGCUGCUUUGCCAAAUUGAAGCUUCUGUUAAUUCGAGGCCAAUGACACCCCUUGGAAGCGACCCUUCAGAGCCUAAUACCCUUACUCCAGCUCAUUUCUUAAUUUUUGGAUCUUUAUUAUUAGCGCCUGAGCCCAGCUUAGCAGACGAGCGAAUAGAACAUCUACGUCGAUAG